UGUUAAUGGAUAUCCCUCAACAACCAGUCACACACAAGCCUAUGAGGAUAUUUUAUGGGACCAGAACUCACAAACAGAUCACACAGAUAACACAUGAACUGGCAAGGACUGCUUAUUCAAACACACCUAUGGUCAUAUUGGCCAGUCGUGAUCAUACCUGUAUACACCCCCAGGUAUCAACCUCAAGGAACAAGAAGGAGGAAUGCAAGGCACUCAUAGACUACAAAUAUGUAUGUAUGGACAUACCAACACAUUCACUAUCACAAAUUAAACUAGUCACACUUCAGGGUAUUUACAAAUACCUCAACAACAGCAUAGUCGUGCUCCUCAGCUUGUACCAGUUGAUCCUGGUCGGUUACAUUGUCCUAAAAUGUAGCAGACACUCAUGACAAGGUAAACUGCUUUAUAACCGUACUUUUUG